CACUCGACAUUGAGUUCGGGCAUCUACUGGAAAGGAAGUAGGGGCUCAGUUAACCCCCUCCCAGGCUGAGGAAGCACAAAGGUGAGGGGUCCAGCUAACAGGAAAGGAGGAGGAUAGCUAACAUUAUCGAGCAUUUCCCAAGUGUGCUGAGGGCUUAUUCGUAUUAUUUUUUGUAAUCCUUUAGGGAAAUUGAGGCACAGAAAGGUCAAGUACCUGCUGGUCAGUGAGUGUCCCCAGCUCCAACGGUCACUCAGAGGAACAUCGGGUCCAGUCCCUUGUGCUGUGGGAGUGUCUGAGCAGGGCAGGUGGGAGGAUUUGAAGUCAGCAGUGGAAAAACAGAGUGAGGGCAUCACUAGCUCUGAAUAGGGAGCCAUGGCUGUGCUCUGGUUUUUAAGGUCAGCUUAUAGACCUGACCUUGGCAUUAGGAUGCAAGAGAUCUAACAUUGACCUCUGGCCCAUCCCUCUCUUCCCUUCACCGUCUCUGCCUUUCCAGAACCCCUAUGAUUGCUGGCGGGCUCUUCGUGAUGGACAAGCUCUACUUUGAAGAACUGGGGAAGUAUGACAUGAUGAUGGACGUGUGGGGAGGAGAAAACCUAGAGAUUUCGUUCCGCGUGUGGCAGUGCGGUGGCAGCCUGGAGAUCGUCCCCUGCAGCCGCGUGGGACACGUGUUCCGGAAGCAGCACCCCUACACUUUCCCGGGUGGCAGCGGCACGGUCUUUGCCCGUAACACCCGCCGGGCAGCAGAGGUCUGGAUGGAUGAAUACAAAAAUUUCUAUUACGCAGCAGUGCCUUCUGCCAGAAACGUUCCUUAUGGAAAUAUUCAGAGCCGACUGGAGCUCAGGAAGAAACUGAGCUGCAAGCCUUUCAAAUGGUACUUAGAAAACGUCUACCCAGAACUGAGGGUCCCUGACCACCAAGAUAUAGCUUUUGGGGCCUUGCAGCAGGGAACCAACUGCCUGGACACUUUGGGACAUUUUGCUGAUGGUGUCGUUGGAGUCUAUGAGUGUCACAAUGCAGGGGGGAACCAGGUAUGUGUGGGGGGUGGGCUCGAGCCCCUGGAAGACCAGAGAACAGGGAAGGGGCCCUGAGCGGACAGUCCUAGCUGCUGCCUUUCUCCCGUGACCCAGGAUGUCUGAGGUAGCAUCUGGCUCCAGCUGGUCACCCGCUAGCAGGCAGCCACAGGCUCAGGUGGGACGCCCCAGGUCUUGACAGCCAUGUGGAGCCUGCCCUCAGCCCCGGGCCAGCCUCUGCUACUGCAGCAAGGGGCACAGUGGUUGACGUGACAUCUGGCAUCUCUCAUCAAGGCAGGGCUGCCGGGCUGGUGGCCUUCAUCUCCUCUUCCUCCUCAUCUUCCUGCCGCCUCUGUCAUCCCUGUGGCGUGUGCUUGUCCCCAGAGCACCUGUUCUGUGUCUGCAGCUGUGUCUGGUCUCCAAGCGUGCUUAUCAACACCGGCCUCAGUCCCAGUUCAAUAGGUGCUUCACCACAGACCCUGUGGUUGCUGCCAAAGUCGUUAUUGCUCC